GUGUGCGUGUCGGUGCGUGUUGGAGGGUCUGCGGUAUAAAACGGGUCUAACAGGCCGCAGGGCUGCAGAGCUGCGGUCCGGACUGAAGCUUCUCCUCCAGACAUGAUGUUCCCCUGCAGCGCGCUGCCGCCGCCCCUCUACCCGGGCUUCCUCCGUCCCCCGGCGGGUCUUUCUUCUCCCAUCAACCGGUCUCUGCCCUCCGGCUUCCUGGUGGAGGAUCUGCUCCGGCUGCAGCCCGUCGGUUACAUACAUCGGACUUUCUCCUCCAGGAGUCCCGGCGACGUCCUCCCGCUCAGUCCCGGGCCGGGCUCCUCUCCCCGGGCGUCUGGACCCGGAACAGACCGGUCAGUGCUCCAGAGCUCCGGGCCUCCGAACCGCGGCAGCCCCGGACCUCCGCACACCGCCUGCGCCGACUCAGGGUACCUCAAGUUCGGCGUCAGUGCGAUCCUGGCCCCGUCAACACGGAGCGUUCAGAGUCUUCAGACCAAAUCCUUCCCUCUGCCAUUCUUUGACGGGACUCUUCAUCCUUUCAUCAGAGCCUCUUAUUUCACAGCUUCCUCCUCGGUGGUUCCGGUUCCGGGGACGUUUUCGUGGCCCCUGGCCCCCAGAGGGAAGCCCAGGAGGGGGAUGCUGAGGCGGGCCGUGUUCUCCGACCUGCAGAGGAAGGCGCUGGAGAGAACCUUCCAGAAACAGAAGUACAUCAGCAAACCAGACAGGAAGAAGCUGGCCGGGAAGCUGGGACUCAAAGACUCACAGGUGAAGAUCUGGUUCCAGAACCGGAGGAUGAAGUGGAGGAACUCAAAGGAACGCGAGCUGCUGUCGACCGGAGGCUGCCGCCAGCAGACCCUCCCCACCAAGACCAACCCCCACCCGGACCUCACCGACGUGGGCUCCGACUUCUGCAGCCGGCUGGGUAGGACGACGGCUGAGAGCCAGGAGCAGAGCCACCUCCACCACCAGAACCUUCACCACCACCAUCAUCUCCAUCAUCACCAUCAGAGCCCUUCCUCUCCGUCAGAGUCGAGCAAACAGUCGGAGUCCGAGGGCGAAGAAAUCACCGUUUCCUGAAGCAGCGGCUGAAGCUGCUCUGUACAUAGAUGUAUGUUCUGUUUAUAUCCUCGCAGUAAAUAAACACAGCUUUAGAUUUAAUAUUUGUAGAGCGAAAUGUUUAAAUAUACAAAAUGUUUCUCACUUCUUUAUAUUUUCUCAAAUAAACCUCAAAAGUCUGGAAA